CACUGCUAAUGUGUGAGUGUUUGCAGUGAGAAUGUGUUGAGUCCAGCUGGAAGGAGAGUUUGUCAGCGAGCAGUUAACUCCUGCUGGAGAAACAUUCCCAGAGUUUAAAGGAAGAUUAGAUCAGAUCGAGGAGGAGAAGAUGGAUGAUCAGCACAGACUGCUGGAUUUCACCAGGAUCCCCCAGAUCAUCUUACACCGGAUAGACCGCCUGCUAGAAUAUGCUGGAAAAGAGGAGGAUUUCUCUGAGCAGCAGCUCUGGAAACAGGAGAGGAAUUCCAGUUUGGACCAAGAGGAACCAGAACCUCUGCAGAUGAAAGAAGAGCAGCUAAAGCCAGAAGAUCCCUGGACUAAAGAGGAAACCAUGGAGCUCCCCAUUAGUGAGCAGGAAGAGCAGCUAAAGCCAGAAGAUCCCUGGACUAAAGAGGAAACCAUGGAGCUCCCCAUCAGUGAGCAGGAAGAGCAGCUAAAGCCAGAAGAUCCCUGGACUAAAGAGGAAACCAUGGAGAUCCCCAUCAGUGAGCAGGAGGAGCAGCAGGAGGCUGGAGACCUCCUGCAGGUUGGAAAAGAGGAGGAUUUCUCUGAGCAGCAGCUCUGGAAACAGGAGAGGAAUUCCAGUUUGGACCAAGAGGAACCAGAACCUCUGCAGAUGAAAGAAGAGCAGCUAAAGCCAGAAGAUCCCUGGACUAAAGAGGAAACCAUGGAGCUCCCCAUUAGUGAGCAGGAAGAGCAGCUAAAGCCAGAAGAUCCCUGGACUAAAGAGGAAACCAUGGAGCUCCCCAUCAGUGAGCAGGAGGAGCAGCUGCUUCUCAAGCAGGAGGAAGGAGAUAAAUGUAUGGUGACUCCUCCUGCUGAAGAAAAGGACCACAUUAAACCAGAACCAAUGAGGAACCAAGUCGUCUAUCAGGACUUGAGUGAAGUUCAGAACCAGGAUUCAGUAGAAAUCCACCCAAAACACUCAGGAUCAGAAGGAGAUAAAGGACUCUGCUAUCUUCUCCUGGGCUACAGCAUCAGGGACACUCUGGGUGGCGCCCGCUCCAUCUUGUUGCCAGCCCACCAGCUGGAUCCUACCAGUUCUCUGGCUAUGGACUGA